UGAACCUAUAUUCGUAGUGAAUAUCGCUUUUUUUUAUGGUUUUUUUAUCCAUAUUUUUCAUCAUUUUGUAUUAGUCGUCUUAAGUUUCUUUGUAACAAUGUCUGCAUAGAUUGUUUAGAUAGAACAUGAACUGACUUAUCUUUUGUUUCCCAUAUAAGCGUAUCGGGUUCGCAUUGGUUCAUCCUAAAAGAUAUAAAUACCUGUUAUACUAAUGAAAUGGAGUUUGGCUGUCAAAAAAAAACAGGUGAAUCGAUCACUCGAAGCGAACCAAGUUAAGCUCAUACGGAUAUUCGACGAAAGAUUAACCCAUUCGACCAUCUUCUUGAGAAAAAGAUUAACCUUUUACAGAUUGUAUACACUCUUGAUUAGAUUAAUUUCUUGAAUUAUACUACUAAGUUGGCGAGAAAGAAGAAGGAAAUCGAUUAAUAAUUAUAUUUAGAUCUUUAGAAAACAGACCGGACCAAACCAAACCAAACCAUGUGUGGCAAUUUUCCGGUUGACAAAAACCUGAAACCCAGUUGUCGAUUCGCGGGUUUGAUCUGAUCCAUCUCGCUGGCUAGGGUUUUACUAAGAGAAUGGACGGAGAAGAGCUCACCGAGCAAGAAACUGCUCUAUACGACCGCCAAAUUAGGGUUUGGGGCGCUGGUGCUCAAAGAAGAUUGAGUAAAUCUCAUGUUUUGGUAUCUGGAAUCAAGGGGACUGUUGCUGAGUUUUGCAAGAACAUUGUGUUGGCAGGAGUUGGUAGUGUGACUCUGUUGGAUGAUAGGUUGGUUACAACGGAAGCAUUCAACGCAAACUUCUUGAUUCUUCCUGAUGAAAAUGCUUAUGUAGGCAAAACCGUAGCUGAGAUUUGUUGUGAUUCACUUAAGGAAUUUAACCCUAUGGUCCAUGUUUCAAUAGAAAAAGGUGAUUUGUCAACAUUUGGCGUUGAUUUUUUUGAGAAGUUUGAUGUUGUGGUUAUCGGCUACAGUUCUCGUGCUACUAAGAAAGCAGUUAAUGAAAAAUGUAGGAACCUAGCAAAACGUGUGGCGUUCUAUACAGUUGAUUGUAGAGGCUCAUGUGGCGAAAUAUUUAUCGACCUGAAGAAUUAUAAGUACACAAAGAAAAAGCUUGAUGAAACAGUGGAAUGUGAACUAAUGUUUCCGAGUUUUGAGGAGGCAGUUUCAGCACCAUGGAAACCGAUUCCAAGGAGAACAGCAAAGCUCUACUUUGCAAUGAGAGUGAUAGAACUAUUUGAGGAAACUGAAGGGCGUAAACCUGGGGAAUGUUCGCUGUCUGAUCUCCCAAGAGUUUUGAAACUCAAAAAGGAACUCUGUGAGGGAAAUUCGGUUAGCGAGAAACAUAUUCCAGAUAGCCUCUUGGAGAGACUAGUAUCUGGUAACACAGAAUUCCCACCGGCUUGUGCCAUCAUUGGAGGGAUUCUAGGACAGGAGGUGAUAAAAGUUAUAUCGGGCAAAGGAGAGCCGUUGAAAAACUUCUUCUACUUUGAUGCAGAGGAUGGGAAAGGUGUAAUCGAGGACCUAUCUAACAAGCUUUAACUUCCAAACCUUAAAGGUGCUGUGAAAUGCUGCUCUUAGUAAUUACUUCUUUGUUGAAUAUUGUAUUGGAAAUUAGACUUUAGAGUGCUUAGAACUUGGCUCCUUGUAUUUUGUAUCUAUUAACUUGGUUCGGUCCAAAAGACAAUCUGAAAUCCACUUU